UCAACUGGUUCAGUUCUUCUUAAAUAGUGUUGGGACAAGUGUACUUAUAUACUUAAUAUACAUACAUAUUUAAAAAAUAUAGUAUAAUAUACAUUCAUACAUUAGGUUUGAAAUAUCGGAAAACAGUUGUGUUUGAUUAUUGUUGCUGCACAUUAUUGCAAUAACGGGAGGUUCUGGAACGUUCGUUUAGAAGCUGCGAUCACUACUAAGAAAGUAUUGCGGUUAGCUUAUUGUGAGGCACUGAGUUCAACGCGCCACCAAAGUWGCAAAGGAAAGUUGAGUAACUAAUAAUGGCCACGAGUUGUGCUCAAACACUUGCUCCACAGAAUAACUCCAGUGAGSUGAACCGCUUCAUGGAGAAAUUAAUGAAGAAAUUACUUAGCUUCUACUACGAACAGUCUCUAAUCGAUGUGACAUUUAAAGUAUCAAACCCAACGGCUGUUGUACCCGCGCAUCGUUUGAUACUCGCAGCAGCGAGUCCYUACUUCGAGAACCUUUUCAAUGGCGAGCAAGGCAAUAAUCCCGUCAUCGAGAUAAAUGAUAUCGAUAGCGAUAUUUUUGAGCGUCUAAUAAUCUUUUGUUACACCGGAGAGGCCCUCAUUACCGUUAACAACGUCGGUGCCUGGUUAAAAGCGGCACUCAUUUUGCAAUUGGAUGAUGCCAUAAAUCGUUGUGUUGACUACAUCAUAACACAUAUCAAUGAAUAUACGUUGCAGGCUGCUAAUGUGCUUGAACGAGAAACGAAAUGUGAACGGCUUAAGCAAAAAAUAAUCGAAUAUGUAAUAAAGAAUUUCAUGGAGGUUAGUCGAUGCGUUGAGUUUCUGAGUUUUGAUGUAGAAAAAUUGCAACGAAUUCUGGAAUCUGACAAUUUGAAUAUAACUCUUGAGGAAGAUGCCUACGAUGCCAUAAAACGAUGGGUCAAUUACGAUGUUCCUGCACGUCAAGAGCAACUACCAAUUUUAAUACCUUGUCUCCGGCUUACUCAAAUCGAUGCGGACUUUCUGUGGACACACAUACAUCCGUUACCUGGUUGUGAACUGCUGACCCUACGGACGAUAACGUGGAUCAGAGAGUCUGCGGCACGAACAAGAAUAAAUAUGCGAUUCACAGAAGCACGUGCUACGUGUGAGAAAACAUUCCUGGCAGUUUGCUCAUUAGGGAAAAAUACACAGCUGCUACAAUAUAACAAAGCUGGGGAUAAGUGGGAGGAAAAUGCGAGUUUAGAAAUCGAUUACACAGAUUAUGAGGCGAGUUUAAAGGAUGAUAAUUUAAUAUUUAUUGGCGGUUGGAAAAGUGGUGCCACAUCCAACAUCGUCCGGAGCUGGAAUAUACGAAAUAAAACAUGGCAAAAUUUGUCCGCCAUGAACCAAGCAAGAGACUCACACUGUGCUGUCGAAUUAGAUGGUAAAAUCUACGCGAUUGGUGGUUUAGAAGGUGAAAAGGUUCUGUCGUCGGUGGAAAGAUAUACGCUAUACGCUGGUUGGGAGCCCGUGAGCAGCUUGAUCGUUGGAAGAUAUAGUGCCAGAGCAGUGACUUUAAAUAACAAAAUUUAUAUAGUGGGCGGUAAAAAUACUGCUGGACAUUUAAAACUCGUCGAAUGCUAUAAUCCGGAUUCGAAUACUUGGACWUCUUGCGCGGCUAUGACAGAAUGUUAUAUUCUUCCUAAUGUAAAAGUAUAUAAUGGUCAUAUAUAUGUUUUACACAAGUAUUAUGCUAACAGUGGACAAAUUGUUGAACGUUAUGAUCCUCAGCGAAACACCUGGUCUAAGAUUUGUUGUUUGGAUGCUGACUGGGCUCGUAUAGAAGGUACGUGGUUAGACAAUAAGCUAUACUGUUUUGGUCCCCCUACAUCUGAUGACAUAUCAAGUGUAUCGGUCUAUGACGAGGACAAUGACCGUUGGGUAAAAAAGUGUUCAUUACCCAAUGUAAAUGGUUAUCGCCGUUUUAUUGUGCCCGUGACCUUAGUGUUAAUGAAAUGAAUAAAUAAUAUUAUUAUAUAAUUU